AAUUCCGGUAGCAUAACUCCCGAGUCCCAACUAGAGUUUCCAAACUUCCCUAUUCCCGCUCGUUUGCCCCUUUUCCAAACCCUAACCCUAACCCUAACCCUAACCCUAACUCAUAUCAAAAUCUUCCUUUCUCUCUUCGAUUUCUUCUUCUUCUUCUUCUUCUUCUCACAAUGGCGUCUGAAGCCGUAGACGAGAGUUUGAAGAAGCUGGAAUACCUUUCCCUCGUCUCCAAGGUCUGUACGGAGCUCGAAUCCCACGUUGGAUGCAGCGACAAGGUCCUGGCUGAGUUCAUCACAGAUCUCGGCCGUCGAUCCGAGACGGUCGACGAGUUCGACGCCAAGCUGAAGGAGAACGGCGCUGAGAUGCCCGACUACUUCGUCCGCACCCUCCUCACCAUCAUCCACGCCAUCCUCCCUCCCAAAUCAAAAUCCGACAAGACAACUGUCGCCGACGGCAAGAAGACGACGGCGUUCCCGGCGCUGGCGAUCGCUGAUGAUCGCGACCGGGCAAGGGACCUGGGUAGAGAAAUUGAGAAGGAGGCAAAACAGAAGGAUCGAGAUGAUCAAGAUCGGGACGAAGAACGGGAUAGAGAUCGCGACAGGGAUCGAGAUCGGGGCCGGGAUCGACAUCAGGACCGAGAUCGUGGUCGGGAUAGAGAUCGCAAUCGCGAUCGGGAUCAGUAUGGAGACAGGAGAAGUGAUAGAUAUAGGGAUGAAAGGGAUGAUAGGCGUAGAGAUAGACAGGAUGAUGACAAAAGUGAUUCUAGAGUGAGGGGAAGGCACAGUGAUCGGCAUGGUAGAGAUCAAAGAAAUGGAUAUGAUGAGAAUCGCGAUGAUGGUAGAGAUAGAGAGGAUGGUGAUAGAAGCGAUUCUAGGGCGAGGAGGAAACAUGGUGAUCGGCACAGGAGAGAUCGCAGUGAUGAAUUUGAUGAGAAUGGCGAUGAUGGCGAUAGGGUCCAGCAGAGUGGACGUCACUAUUCGGACGAGCCUGAAUUGUACAGGGUGUAUGCAGGCAGGGUUUCCAGAGUGAUGGACACGGGCUGCUUUGUCCAGCUGAAUGAUUUUAGAGGGAAAGAGGGGCUAGUUCAUGUUUCACAGAUUGCUAGUCGGAGGGUUGCGAAUGCAAAGGACUUUGUGAAGCGCGACCAGGAGGUGUUUGUGAAGGUGAUAUCAGUUUCAGGCCAGAAGCUGAGCCUAUCUAUGAGGGAUGUUGAUCAGAAAACAGGAAUGGAUUUACUUCCAAUGAAGAGGACCUCAGAGGAUGAUGCUCUUAGCGCAAACCCAUCGAGCAUGAAUCCGGGCCCGACGACUAGGAAAGGCCUUUCAGGGAUUACGAUUGUGGAGGAGGAUAGUAGUGUUCCAUCACGGCGGCCGUUGAAGCGGAUGAGCUCGCCGGAGAGAUGGGAAGCGAAGCAGCUGAUUGCUUCGGGUGUUUUGGGCGUGAAGGAUUACCCGAUGUAUGAUGACGAUGGUGAUGGUAUGCUGUAUCAGGAAGAGGGCGCUGAGGAAGAGCUGGAGAUUGAGUUGAAUGAGGACGAGCCCGCAUUCUUGCAGGGGCAGAGCAGAUACUCCAUUGACAUGUCACCUGUGAAGAUCUUUAAGAAUCCAGAGGGGUCAUUGAGUCGUGCGGCAGCGCUCCAGUCUGCUCUAAUAAAGGAGAGAAGAGAGGUGCGAGAGCAGCAGCAGCGGACCAUGCUCGAUUCAAUCCCCAAAGAUCUCAACCGUCCGUGGGAAGAUCCAAUGCCAGAAACAGGUGAGAGGCACCUUGCACAGGAGCUAAGGGGUGUGGGAUUGUCCGCGUAUGACAUGCCUGAAUGGAAGAAGGAUGCCUUCGGGAAGGCCCUGACGUUCGGGCAGAGAUCGAAGCUUUCUAUUCAGGAGCAGAGGCAGAGCCUGCCCAUCUAUAAAUUGAAGAAAGAGCUGAUCCAGGCUGUAAAUGAAAACCAGGUGCUGGUAGUCAUUGGAGAGACGGGUUCCGGCAAGACAACCCAGGUUACACAGUAUCUAGCUGAAGCGGGUUACACGACCAGGGGUAAGAUAGGAUGUACUCAGCCUCGUAGGGUUGCGGCUAUGUCAGUGGCAAAGAGGGUGGCAGAAGAGUUUGGAUGCCGCUUGGGAGAGGAAGUUGGCUAUGCUAUUCGGUUUGAGGAUUGCACUGGACCUGAGACUGUGAUCAAAUAUAUGACUGACGGUAUGCUUCUUAGGGAGGUUCUGGUGGACGAUGAACUUAAACAGUACUCUGUAAUUAUGUUGGAUGAAGCUCACGAGAGGACAAUCCAUACUGAUGUUCUUUUCGGGCUAUUAAAACAGCUUGUAAAACGAAGACCCGACCUUCGUUUGAUUGUCACGUCCGCUACUCUUGAUGCAGAGAAGUUUUCUGGGUAUUUUUUCAACUGUAACAUCUUCACCAUUCCUGGAAGAACAUUUCCGGUUGAGAUACUUUACACAAAACAGCCGGAAAGUGACUACCUUGACGCAGCACUGAUCACAGUCUUGCAAAUUCACCUGACAGAACCCGAAGGUGACAUCCUUCUCUUCUUAACAGGUCAAGAGGAGAUUGAUCAUGCAUGCCAGUCCCUCUACGAGAGAAUGAAAGGGCUUGGGAAGAAUGUACCAGAACUGAUAAUAUUGCCUGUUUACAGUGCUCUUCCUAGUGAAAUGCAGUCGAGGAUUUUUGAACCUGCUCCUCCAGGGAAGAGGAAGGUGGUUGUGGCUACCAACAUUGCUGAGGCUUCGUUGACCAUUGAUGGGAUAUUCUAUGUUAUAGAUCCGGGUUUUGCAAAGCAGAAUGUGUAUAAUCCAAAACAGGGACUUGAUUCUCUGGUCAUAACUCCAAUUUCACAAGCAUCAGCAAAGCAACGAGCUGGACGUGCUGGUCGUACGGGACCUGGGAAAUGUUAUCGCCUUUACACUGAGAGUGCUUAUCGUAAUGAAAUGUCUCCUACUUCAAUUCCGGAAAUUCAAAGGAUCAAUCUUGGAUUAAUAACACUCGCUAUGAAGGCUAUGGGGAUAAAUGAUCUUUUGUCUUUUGAUUUUAUGGAUCCACCAUCUCCCCAAGCCCUCGUCUCUGCCAUGGAGCAGCUUUACAGUCUAGGGGCACUGGACGAAGAGGGGCUCCUGACCAAGUUGGGUAGGAAAAUGGCAGAAUUCCCAUUGGAACCACCACUGUCAAAGAUGCUCCUCGCUAGUGUAGAUCUUGGGUGCAGUGAUGAGAUCUUAACUAUCAUUGCAAUGAUUCAGACUCAAAACAUCUUCUACAGGCCUAGGGAGAAACAGGCCCAAGCAGAUCAAAAGAGGGCCAAAUUUUUCCAGCCAGAAGGGGACCAUCUGACUUUGCUUGCAGUUUAUGAGGCUUGGAAGGCGAAAAAUUUCUCUGGACCAUGGUGCUUCGAGAACUUUGUACAGUCUCGAUCGUUGAGGAGGGCACAGGAUGUCAGAAAGCAGCUUCUUACCAUCAUGGACAGGUACAAACUGGACGUUGUAAGUGCUGGUAAGAACUUCACAAAGAUCCGGAAGGCUAUUUGUGCGGGGUUCUUCUUUCAUGCUGCUAGAAAGGACCCACAGGAAGGUUAUAGAACCCUGGUCGAGAACCAGCCUGUGUACAUACAUCCUAGCAGCGCACUUUUCCAAAGGCAGCCUGACUGGGUCAUAUACAAUGAGCUCGUCAUGACCACGAAAGAAUACAUGCGCGAGGUUACUGUCAUUGACCCGAAAUGGCUGGUGGAGCUUGCGCCUAGGUUUUUCAAGGUGGCUGAUCCUACGAAGAUGAGCAAGCGCAAGCGGCAAGAGCGCAUUGAACCACUCUAUGAUAGAUACCAUGAACCCAAUUCGUGGCGUUUGAGUAAGCGGCGUGCUUAAAUGUGCACAGCCGCUUCGGCUAUUUGUUCUGUAUAGUAGUUUUUCUGGAUGUUGUCUAAGCAAUGCCAUGUACAAAUCCCCUUGUAUACCCCCAAUAUUUUUCACCAAUCAUUCCUCUUUCAAGUUAACAGAGGGAUUUU